UAUCAGUACAGAUGUUUACACCGGCGUGAAUACAUAGUUUAUAGAAAAUCCAUGCACAUAUAAUCCUGUACUUCAGUCAUCAAAAAUAUAUAUGUGACAAGCAGACGAUUUAAAGUGUUUUUUUUAAUAUUUGGGUUGUUAAAUAUUGACCAAUAAUAUAUAAUAAGGAGAGUUAGUGUUCGUCAGAAGCGGUGUGAUGCCGGUGGGUCUGGGGCUCUAUUAGCUCUAUAAAUCAUACUACUCCAGAAACAACGUGAUUCCGGUGGAUCUUGGGCUCUACUGGCUCUAUAAAUCACACUCCAGGAACAGUGUGACAGUGGUGGCUCUAGCAGCUCUUUAAAUUGCACUUCAAAAGCAACGUGAUUCUGGUGGAUCUUGGGCUCUACUGUGGCUCUUUAAAUCACAACAUAACGUGAUGCUGGUGUGCCUUGGGCUCUAGCAGCUCUAUAAAUCAAACUCCAGAAGCGUGAUCAUAGGGGGAGUUUGGGGGCUGUGGCUCUAGCAGCUCUAUAAAUCAUACUCCAGAAGUGUGAUACUAGGGGGAGUGAGGGGCUGGGGCCUUGGGCUCUAUCAGCUCUAUAAAUCCCCUCAGAAACAACGUCAUGUCGGGGAUCAUGUCCAGGGUGACAGGGUUUUUACCUUAUUUAAGCUGCGUUGCAAAUCGAAGCAGCGUUCUUGACCGAAGAGCCGGCACGCUAUUGCAGAAAUGUAGAAAGCCUUCAAGCUAUGUUCAAAAUUAUAGAUUCUUUUCUGCACUGCCUCCAAAAAGUCAAGUACCCAAGAAGGAGAAGCCGCCGCGCAAGGGGCCUAUAUCCUGGAAGUCUCUCUUAGUCACAGGAGUUAUUGGAUCUGGUGUCUUGGGCUUUAUGCUCUAUGUUAGAUCAGAGAAAGAAUUAGCUAUGGCCAAGGAGAGGAAGAGACAGUUAGGAAAAGCUAAUAUUGGUGGGAAAUUUGAUUUAAUUGAUCAUAAUGGUGUUCCACGAAAGAGUGACGAUUUCCUAGGCCAGUGGCUUCUAAUCUACUUUGGAUUCACACAUUGUCCCGAUGUCUGUCCUGAUGAGCUUGAGAAGAUGGCCGCUGUAGUGGAUGCUGUAGAUCAAAUGGAACAAGUAGGAAACAUUCAGCCACUGUUCAUCACGGUGGAUCCACAUCGAGAUAGCCAGAAGGCCAUCAAAGAGUACUUAAGCGAGUUUCAUCCCAAGAUGUUAGGUCUGACAGGGUCGGAUGAGAAGAUUGGUGAGGCCUGCCAUGCCUACAGAGUGUAUUUCAGUGCGGGGCCCAGGGAUGAUGAUGAUGAUUAUAUCGUGGACCACACUAUCAUCAUCUACCUCGUGAAUCCCGAUGGUGACUUUGUGGACUAUUACGGUCAAAACAAGACUGCUGCAGAAGUAACUAAUAGUAUUGUUCUCAAUAUGAAGAAAUUUGAGGAAAUGAACAAAAGGAGUUUCAUUCGGUCUCUGUUAUAGUUUCACAAGUGUGGUAUGUUAUUACUUUCACCAUUAUAUUAAUGUGUUUACACUAUCUUGACAUGAAAAGUACUGUAAUUUAUUUUUAUACCACUUUAAGUUUUCGAUUCAGAUUUCAUUAAAUUUGCGAGUACUGUACUAUACUGUACUAUAUUCAUUUUGAAAAAGCUCAUUGUACAUAAACAUUUUUCAUUUAGCAUGCUAAAUGUUCAUUGAAUAACAUUGUAGAAAUUAUAAAGGUACUUUUGAGGUAAUAGUGGCAUCGAAUAUAUUGUAAUGGGCCAUUACUGAUUCUUUAAAUAAAUUUGUUACAUGGGAUUUUAUUGAUUUGAAGUAAACAUUUUUUUUAUAGUAACCUAAUGUAAUAUGUUUUACAAAAUACAUUUACUUUGAAAUGUAAGCUUUACUUUUAAGUAUAA